AAAUAUUCAAAGCAAUAAAACAGUAAACAUAAUAAAAACAUGGAAAUCUAAAUUAAAAAUACUCGUAGAUCGAUACACAACAGAGAGUACGUACUUAACAUGGAUUCGAAAGAAAAAGAAGACCAUGUCAAAAGUCUGAUCACGAGUAGAGAGAUGCUCUUGAAGCUUCAGCAGAACAUUGAGACAGCCACAACUGGACCAUCCGCUUCCACUUCAGCUGAUCUUCAAAACCUCUCUAAUGAGAUACAAAAACAUCUCAUGAAGACUGCCGCCACUGCCCAGGAUCCGAAUAAGCCUGAUCCGAGUAAAGCCACCUCGCAUAUAAAAGAUGAGCUUGACAAGGUGUUUACAGUUGAGGAAGUUGGACACAAGUGCGACUUAUGCGGGAGAGAUCUAGCCUCGGAUCCAGAACGGCCUAAUGUUUCUUUGCGCAGCUUACAAGAGGUGUGUGUGCUGGAUUGUGGUCAUGUCUACCACUUCAAGUGUUUAAAAGGCACCACUCUUGAUCUUGAUAACCGUUCUACUAACCCUUCUUGCAUUUUCUGCGUCAGCUAGUCCAACUGAAUCAACCAUCAAUAUGGUGCAACUUUAAGAUUUAAUAUUUUUGUUCUUAUAUUGUAAGAACGUGUUCUCAACAAUGACAAUGGUUUUACAUACAAACUGAUUAUAUUCUCAGUAAUCAGUUUCUUUUUACA